UUCGGAUUAGAAGUUAAUAAUAAUAAUCUAUUAUAGCGGGAAUCAAUGCAGGCAAUCAAUUUUGUAAUUUGAUUUAUUUUUUGGUUGUCAGAUAUGAAAUCACAUUGGUUUUUGAAAUCAAGUUUAGUGAGAUUGAUUUUGCGGCAAACCCAGAGUGCCAUUUUUUUUCAUAAUUUUGGAAUUUUAGUGAACUUUUCGGUGAUUAAGUUUUUGAAUUCUUGUAUUUUUAUUAUAAAUUGAAUUAAUUCAGCUUUUUAGUGAAAUUUCAAGAAUUGGGCCAUUGCUUUUUUUGUUGGGUUUUUGAUCAGUUGAGUCAGUUUCAUGAAUUUGUUGGGAAAUUUAGUUAAAGUUUCAGGAGUUGGGCUAUUGUGUAAAGCGUAGUAAUUUGAUCUAAGCAAAAUUUUUGUUUGGGGCAAAGUCUGACUGUGUAAUUUGAAGGAGAUGAGAGGUGAACUAAUUGAGGAAUUUGAGAUACAAUGACUGGAGGGUCAUUGGGGAUACGCACGGCGAGUAAUGGGUCACUGCAGUCACUCAGCAACGGUGUUGGUUCAGUGUCAUCCCAUCAAACGAAAUCGAUAUCAGCAAUAUCUGGAAGAAAGCCUCCUUCAAAGAUGUUACUGUCAGGUUCCAGAGAAAGGGAGAAAGACAGGUUUUUAGCAUUUGUAUGUUGCAAAUAUAUAGGCCGUAGAAAAGUAACAAUGCUGCUGCUUGUAGUCCUUGCUCUCUUGGUCUUUACGUUGGGUCCCUUCAUAGUUAAUAAAGAAAGUAGCAGUUUGAAUGUUGAUAAACGUACUGGAAGGUUGGUCCCAUAUGGCAACUCAGGGGCAGGCAAUCCUGUAGUUGAUAUGGCUUUUCUAGAAAAUAACUCAGAGGGUAAAAAUACUUAUACAAGAAUUGACAUGAGAGGAAGUGAUGAAAGUAGAGCCCAGCAUCCUCCUCCUCCUCCUUCCUCAAUCAAAGCAGUUAUUCCUCUGUCACAUCAUCCAUGCAAGAAUUUUGCAUUUCCUCCUCCCCCUCCGCCUGGUUUCCAGAGACCAGGACCACGACCAUGUCCUGUAUGUUACCUCCCCGUGGAGCAGGCAAUAGCUAGUAUGCCAAGUUCCCAAUCAGCAUCCCCUCUGCUCCAGAAAUUGACAUAUGUUCAAGAUGAAAAUCCUGUUAAAACUGAACCACAUGGAGGUUCUGACUUUGGUGGAUAUCCUUCUUUAAAACAGAGAUUUGAUUCUUUUGACAUUAAAGAGUCCAUGACAGUGCACUGUGGAUUUGUCAAAGGAAGUAAACCUGGAGUCCGAACUGGGUUUGAUUUUGAUGAAGCUGACCUCGCAGAGUUGGAGCAAUUCCAUGAGGUCAUUGUUGCUUCAGCUAUAUUUGGGAAUUAUGAUUUAUUACAGCAGCCCCAGAACCUUAGUGAAGCAGCAAGGAAAAAUAUCCCUUUCUAUAUGUUUAUUGAUGAAGAGACAGAAGCUUAUAUGAAGAAUUCUAGCAUCCUAGACAGCAGUAAGAUAGUUGGAUUGUGGAGAAUUAUUGUCGUCACGAACAUCCCUUAUAGUGAUGCAAGACGUAAUGGAAAGGUUUCAAAGCUUCUUUUGCACAGGAUUUUCCCCAAUGUUCGAUAUUCUAUAUGGAUUGAUGCAAAGCUCCAGCUUAUUAAGGAUCCAUAUCAAAUUCUUGAGAGAUUUUUGUGGCGCCAAAAUGCUACUUUUGCAAUUUCAAGACACUAUAGACGCUUUGAUGUGUUUGUGGAGGCUGAAGCUAAUAAAGCUGCAGGAAAAUAUGAUAAUGCCUCUAUAGAUUACCAGAUGGAAUUUUAUAGGAACGAGGGUUUAACACCAUACUCUGAGGCCAAGCUUCCUAUAACUAGUGAUGUUCCCGAAGGCUGCACCAUAGUUAGGGAACACAUUCCAAUUACAAAUCUAUUCACCUGCCUAUGGUUCAAUGAAGUAGAUCGUUUUACUUCAAGGGACCAGCUAAGCUUUUCCAUUGUUAGAGACAAGAUAAUGGCAAGAGUUGAUUGGAGUGUCAAUAUGUUUCUUGAUUGUGAGAGGCGAAAUUUUGUGAAACAGGCAUACCACAGAGAUGUGUUGGAGAAAAUGGCCCCCCCAACUGUCAUUACUCAGUUGCCAAGUAAUUUGCCCGUUGCUACCAAUGUCAUUGGAGGCAACCCUGUGAGGAGGAAGCGCGCCAAAAAAGAAAAGAAAUCUGGUUCCAAGCGAAAUCGUAAGGUUUUUGCUGGAAAUAAAGCCAUUAACAUUUCAUUUUAAGUGUUUUUUUUUUUUUUUUGCCCUCUAGAAAAAGGAAAAGAAAUGAAGUAGAAGAAGAAGAAGAAAUUAUGUAACCAUGAUUUUAGCCCAGUUUCUAAUUAUACAUGGAGUAGGAGUACUAAUUAGAGGAGUUUAGGAUGAUCAAAUUUUAGGUUAAAGAAUGUCCACAUGCCUUUUUACUGGUGUUAAUUCUUUUAACUUCAUCUCACACAUGCUGCUGCCCGGCAACAUUUUUGAGGUGCUUAUUAUUUUUUCCAAUUUAUUAAAAACAAUUCUAAAGUUA